AUGGAUGAAGAAGAAGAUGACUUCUACGAUCCCACCGACUCGGUGCCGGCUCCCCAUCAACACAACGGUACCCAGAAUGCAGCUCCAGCUCAACCGCAGGAGACCGACGACAUGGAUGACGAAGAGGAGGAUGAUUUCAAUAUCAUCACAGAAGCACCAGCUGGUGCGCCUCCAGAGAUCGCCCACCCGCGCCCUGCGACCAUACGACAAGAAACACAACGGCCCUCCUCAGCAGACUCUUCGAUAGUUUCCAAAUCUGGGACUCCUUCCGCUACUCGCCUCGAUGCGCCUGCUCCGGCCGCAGGCCCAACCGCCGCGGCGAGACCUGCGACCAACCAAAAGCCAGGCUCUGCAUACCCAGCCAUUCAUACCUCUACGAUCGAUGUCAAUGGCAACCCUGUUCACCCCACGACCGGCAAGCCGAUUAUGGACAGCGACAUGGACAAUGACUUCCCUACGGACGAUAAGCCCUGGCGACGUCCCGGUUCCGAUGUCUCCGACUUUUUCAACUACGGGUUCGACGAGUUUACAUGGGUUAGCUACUGCUUAAAACAGCGAGAGGUACGGAAGGAGGUUGGCGACCAGAAGAGGCAAAUGGAUGAUAUGCAGUCUUUCCUGGGCAUGGGAAUGCCCCCAAUGCCGGGCGCGCCACCUGGACCCGGAGCACCAGGCGGUGGCCAGCCACCCAUGCCCGGUAUGUCCGGUAUGCCAGACAUGAACCCCGACAUGAUGCAGGGCAUGCUAGCGAGCAUGAUGUCCCAGGGAUUGGACCCAUCCUCGAUGGACCCCAUGGCGUUCAUGCAGCACGCUCAGACCAUGAUGGGAGGACAGCCCGGCGGUGGCCAGCAAGCACAACCCGGAUUUGGAGGACAGGGACCAGGACAAGGCUUCGGCCAAGGUGGUCAAGGCCAGAUGGGAUACGGAGGCUACGAACAACGCGGGAAUUAUGGAGGCCGGGGUCGCGGGCGGAGAUGGUAG